AUGCCUUUAUUCUCGCAUAAAAAUAAUCAAGUAAUUCCAGCAGUACUUCACCCGACAGUACCACAAAGACAGUAUCUUUACAAUGAACAUAAUCGAUUAGUACCUAGUCCUCCGCCUCCACCUUUUGUGGAAGGAAAUCGCCGAUCAUUUUAUAGUGUCAGUGUGCCCCGAAAGUUCAAAGACAUGGAUGAUGUAGAAAAGUACAACCCACAAAAGAUGUUGAUUAAAGAAGCAGAAAGAGCCAACAAUUUGCACAAGAUGUCUUGUACUCGUUUAACCUGUUGCUUUUGUCUGCCCUGUCUUCCCAUGUGGACAAGAACCGUGUGCUGCUUCAUCUUUCUGGUAUUGUGUGGUAUUGUUGGAUUAAUGACGGUUUUUGUUUUCACUUUCCGGAAACCCGAGAUUGUUUUUGUGGGUAAGGAUAGGUUCUCGACAACACCUGGGGAACUUCGAUUUGAAUACAAUGUUUACAAUGAAAACUUUUUUGAGUUUAAUUUCGAUAGCAUCAAAGCGGUGAUAUAUUAUCCUACACCCAACAAGACAACGAUAGGUGUAGCAGAGAUUCACAAUUUAGUACUCGGACCUCAAUCUGUCACUCGUGUUACAUUUCCCGUAAAGAUGAUUACGGAUACGGAAGAAGGAACAAUGAGUGAUGUGGGAGACAGCGUUUUUAGACAGAUGAUCACCAGUGCAUGCAGCGACACGGAUACUAUGAACGAAAAGGAGAUUGUGGUGGUCUUUGAUUUGAUGCCGACAAUCAAUAUUUACGAUUAUCCAAUUGGCACUUUGGCUUUCACAGGUCAAAAAACCAAAAUGUCAUGCGAAAAGCUAAACUUGUUUUUAAAGAAUGACGCCGAUGAUCAGAUCUAA